GCCACCGGCUAUAGCGUUCUGCGCUUGCGCAGGUUUGGGGCGGCGGCUCGGGCUCUGGAUUGCUAUCGUCCGUUCCUCCGCGGUGUAGUCCCAAAAUUCAGCGGAGAAACACGGCCGAGACAUGGAGGGGAAAAUUAAAUAAUAAAGCAGCAGUUAUGAAACAGAGUUUAAAGGAAUUAUGGCAACACCAGGUGACUGUUCCAGAAGUGAGUCGCAGGUCAUCUCUGUUCUGGAGGAAGACCCUGUGGACUAUGGCUGUGAGAUGCAGCUCCUGCAGGAAGGGGCACAGAUGCAGCUACAGCCACAUCCAGAGGAAUUUGUGGCCAUCGCAGACUAUGCUGCCACUGAUGAGACUCAGCUCAGUUUUUUGAGAGGAGAAAAAAUUCUUAUCUUGAGGCAAACCACAGCAGAUUGGUGGUGGGGUGAGCGUGCAGGCUGCUGUGGGUACAUACCUGCGAACCACCUUGGGAAGCAGAUGGAGGAGUAUGACCCUGAAGACACCUGGCAGGAUGAGGAGUACUUUGGCAGUUACGGAACUCUGAAACUUCACUUGGAAAUGUUGGCAGACCAGCCUCGAACAACGAAAUACCACAGUGUCAUCCUACAGAACAAGGAGUCUCUGAAGGAUAAAGUCAUCCUGGAUGUGGGCUGUGGCACUGGGAUCAUCAGUCUCUUCUGUGCGCAUCAUGCACGGCCCAAGGCAGUGUAUGCUGUGGAAGCUAGCGAGAUGGCCCAGCAUACGGGCCAGCUGGUCCUGCAGAAUGGCUUUGCUGACACCAUCACUGUGUUUCAACAGAAGGUAGAGGAUGUGGUGCUGCCCGAGAAGGUGGACGUGCUGGUGUCCGAGUGGAUGGGGACCUGCCUGUUGUUUGAGUUCAUGAUUGAGUCCAUCCUGUACGCUCGGGAUGCAUGGUUAAAGGAGGAUGGGGUCAUCUGGCCAACCACAGCUGCACUACACUUGGUGCCCUGCAGCGCUGACAAAGACUACCACAGCAAAGUGCUCUUCUGGGACAAUGCCUACGAGUUCAACCUCAGUGCGCUCAAGUCUUUAGCAAUCAAGGAAUUUUUUUCAAAGCCCAAGUAUAAUCAUAUCUUGAAGCCAGAAGACUGUCUCUCUGAACCAUGUACCAUAUUGCAGUUGGACAUGAGAACGGUGCAGAUCUCUGAUCUGGAGACCAUGCAUGGUGAGCUGCGGUUUGACAUACAGAAGUCUGGCACUCUACAUGGCUUCACAGCUUGGUUCAGUGUGCACUUCCAGAGCUUGGAAGAAGGCCAGCCACAGCAGGUGCUCAGCACAGGCCCACUGCAUCCCACCACACACUGGAAGCAGACCUUGUUUAUGAUGGAUGACCCAGUCCCAGUCCACACUGGAGAUGUGGUCACAGGUUCUGUUGUGUUGCAAAGAAAUCCAGUGUGGAGAAGGCACAUGUCCGUCACUCUGAGCUGGGCUGUCACUUCGGGACUAGAUCCCACAUCUCAAAGAGUUGGAGAGAAAGUCUUUCCAAUCUGGAGGUGAUGGUUGGUUGAGCACUGCUUUGGAGGUAUGGUGUGCAACUUAGGGGAAGAAGAUGCACCUGGCCACCUGUGUACCUGCUGUGAAGUCCACACACAUCUUUUACGUACUAACCCUUCCCACCUUGUAGGUGACAUUGGGCUCCUCACAGACAAGCCCUUGGACUCCCAGUGUCAUUCCUCCAGUAGACUGCAGGUGUUCACCCUAUGGUGCCCAUGGGCUGCCAGCGGGAGUUGUGACUGUGUUCCUAGUUCAGUGUAGUUCUAAGUUUCCUCAGACACAUGUGCCAGCCUGUGUACCUGUGACUGUGAUGUUUGCACCUUGUGUCAGUGGUGUCCUUGCUGCCCUUGCCUAGCCAUUGCACCUGUAGAGUAUAGGGUCCAGAGCUGUGCUUUGGUGUGGGAGAUGCUGAUCAACUAUGUCUCAGUGCAGGGGUUGGUGGCAGCAGUGCAUGCAAAGGGCUCUGCAUGGGCAGUACAGCGUGUAGCUUUAUAUAUGGGACAUAGUACAUGCUCAAUAAAUAUUUUUUAAUGAA